AUGGAUGUGACAAGUCAAGUCUACUUUGCUUCUGCUGCCAACAAGUGCGGCGCCGCCGCAGAUGUGCCCCACCUGCUCAUUUGUCGCACCGCGCAGGCCGCAUUGGGCGGGCACGCGGUGCAGCGUGCCUGCUCCGAGAUGCUCCACUGGGACGAGUACCGGGAAGCGUUUGGGGUGCAGGACGGAACGGGGAAGAUGAUGGACGCCUUCUUCACCAGGACCGCGGCGCCGUUUGCAGGAUACACGUUUAAGCCAGGCAAGUACAAUGUGACGGCAAAAGCGUACUCCGUGGCCCUGAACCCCGCCUUCUGCGGACUUCCGCUUCAGAGAUUCUGCUCAGAGAUGGAGCACUGGGAUGCGUAUCGGGAAGCAAACGGCGCCCAGGGCGGUGACAAGUCGAUGAGAGAGUUGUUUUACCCCAAUAUAUUUGCCGGCAACGAGAUGUUUGUCUUGGAUGCGAGCUCGAAAUUGCUUGCGUUGAAAAUAAUGAGCAUAGUAAACUCACGGGAGUCUUAUGGCAAGGCUACACAGAUGCUGUGUGCGGAAAUGAUCCACUGGGAUGAUUUCCAACGAGACAACGGCGUUCUUCCCAAUCCAGCGAUGGAGGUCGUUUUCGGAAAGCAUUGA